UACGUGCAAAGUGUUAUUUUAAUCAUAGGUAAUGGUGAAUUUUAUAUAAAUUAAUAUUUAAAAUUUACUGAGUUACCAGAGACUGGUGACGGUGGCGGUGGUGGCCCUAAGAGAUAGCUGAAUUAUCAGGUGAUCCACCCGUGCUUUUGGGCCUUGAGCCCUUUCUGCUGUAUACUGGGUUUGAUUUUGGAUAGUUUACUGUAAUGGGCUAUUUGUCUUUACUUGCCCUCUAUGGCUUUAAUGAAUUUUAUUGGCCUUUUUCAUAACCCGAUGUAAGCUGUAUUUACUGAGUUGAAGUUUGAAGCCAAUUAUUGUGGCUGGCGGCCACUGGCCGUGGAGUUUCACUCGUCAAUGCGAUCUAUUGUCGUCUAAACCUCUAUGAUGGGUGCUUUCCCCGUCUAUCAGUACGCGCUCCUCAAUGAUUCCGACUUAGUUCGGAUGCUCGUAAUGUGUUUAUUGUUUUGUUUAAAUGAAGCACUGAUACAUGUCGCAAUGUGUGUAGUUGCAGGCUAACGAGUAUUGGACCAACUGUUAUACCCUCAGGCGGUCAUGCACGUGCUCAUGUGCCCAUUACUUGGAAUUCUUGCUUUGCAAUCUAAGGAGAAAACGAGUAAACACACUCGAAGGUUAAGAUGCCGAAAUGGGAGACGGAUUCUCCUCCAAUGGUUGGUGGAAAUGGCGCUUACAGUUACUACAAGAACUCUUACUAUCAGAGAAAAAUGAUAGAUGUCCUAAAGGAAAGAAUUAAUGAAGUCAUUGCUACGAAGUUGGACUUCAGCUAUGUUCCCCUUGCUUCAAAUACAUUGCAUCUUGCAGAUUUGGGAUGUUCAGUUGGACCAAACACUUUUUUUCAUGUCCAUGAUUUACUAGAAUCUAUCAAGAAAAAGUAUCAAUCGCAGGGCUUUGGAUCUCAAAUGCUAGAAUUCCAAGUUUUCUUUAAUGAUCAAGCAAUGAACGACUUCAACACCCUUUUUGCCUCUCUCCCACAAGAAAGACAGUACUUUGCAGCUGGAGUCCCAGGUUCUUUCUAUGGCAGAUUAUUUCCCAGUUCCUCUCUCCAUUUUGUGCAUUGCUCUUUUUCACUGCAUUGGCUGUCUAAGGUGCCAGGUGAGUUGUUAGAUGAGAAUUCUCAUGCAUCGAACAAAGGAAGGGUUCACUACACAAGUGCUCCAUGCGAAGUAGCGGAUGCUUAUGCAUCUCAAUUUGCCGACGACAUGGAAAACUUUCUGAAUGCUAGAUCUGAAGAAAUUGUGACUGGGGGGAUUAUGAUAAUAGUCACACAAGGUAUCCCCAAUGGAAUGCCUUUUUCUAAACUCCCUAACAGCGUGCUAUUUGAAUGUUUGACAUUGAGCCUUUUGGAUAUGGUGAAAGAGGGGUUAAUCAGUGAAGCUGAAGUAGACUCUUUCAACUUGCCAUUUUAUACGGUUUCUCCAGAGGAGAUGACAGAGCUCAUAGAAAGAAAUGGCUGUUUCAGCAUCGAGAGAAUGGAGUUGACAGACCCAGCACCUUGGCUUAACGGUCCAGUUAAUAUACCAGAAUGGGUGGUUCAUGUAAGAGCUGCAAUGCAAGCAUUGUUCAUCAAACACUUUGGAAGAGAAAUCGUUGAUGAAAUAUUUCAUCGGUUAAUUAAAAAACUAACUGACCAUUCUCACCAGCUGGAAUCUAAACAGAGGGAUAAAACUCUUCUUUUCGUUGCUUUGAAGCGUAAAUGAUAUAGUUUGAAAUCAAUUUAAGAUUAUCCCUUUUUGUCUAUGCAGACCUUGCUAUAGUCUUUCUGCUUCUGCUCCUCCUACUUUUUAUCAUAUUAUUCAUCUGUGACAUAACCUUCUGGUUUAUGACGUGUAUUCCUAAUUACAUGUUCUUGUCUGAGAUGUCGUUUCCCCUCUUCUCAUUGGAAAUCCUCUCAAAAUAUUUAUGGUGAGAACUUGUUUAUUUGGAA